AUGUCGGCAGUUACGGAGGUUCAGAACACCACAACCGAGGCCCUGGCCGCCCUGCUAGACGGGGGUGAAGGCGCCCUGGUGACGCUCGUGGCGGGCGAGACGAGGGUGGCGGCUCACAGGGCCGUGUUGGCAGCCGCGAGCCCCGUGUUCGCAGCGAUGUUCGCGCACGGCAUGCUGGAGGCCAGCUGCGGCCAGGUGAGCAUCGACGACGUGGAGGGCCCGGUGCUGAGGCUCCUGGUGGCCUACACGUAUACCCUGCAGGCCCCCCAGCUGCCCGACACGGCCGCCCAGCUGCUCUCGGCGGCCGACAAGUACGGCUUGUCGGGCCUGAAGGCUGCCUGCGAGCGGCAGCUGAUCUCGCAGUUGGCCGUCGAGACCGCAGCGGCGACGGCCGUCAGGGCAGUGAGGCACUCGUGCCCGGACGCCACCAGGGCUGCCGUCGCCUUCAUAAAGCACCACCCGCAGGUGAUGGCCACGUGGGGCUGGGCAGACGCUGUGCUCGACUACCCACAAGAAGUCAACAAAGUCACCCGUCUGCUCGGUGAGCCACCAGCAGAAGCCAGGUAA